AUGUUGGAGAGUGUUGAUACUUGUGGCAUCAUUGGAUUCGUUGGAAAGGAGGAGGCAAUCAACUAUUUGAUUGAAGGUCUGUCCAUUCUGGAGAAUCGUGGAUAUGACUCUGCCGGUGUAACAACAAUCUCAGCCAACAACGAGUUGGUCACAUCAAAGUAUGCCAGUUUAAAUACGACCAGUGAUGCUAUCUCACGUCUAAAGUCAGUUACCCAUUUGCAUAAAGGACAUGUAAUUGGUAUUGCUCACACAAGAUGGGCCACUCAUGGUGGCAAGACUGACAAGAAUGCGCAUCCACAUCACGACGAUAAGAACCGUGUGGCAGUUGUACACAACGGUGUCAUUGAGAACUCUUCUGCUUUGAGAGAGGAGUUGGAGAAGAAGGGAAUCGUGUUCAGAUCAGAGACUGAUACUGAAGUUAUUGCUCAGUUGAUUGGUAUUUAUAUAGAUCAAGGCUUCCCAGUGAUUGAGGCUGUCAAAGAGACUCAAAAGAGACUGCAGGGUACAUGGGGAGUGGCAGUCGUCAGCAAGGAUGCACCUGAUCAACUCAUUGCUCUAAAGAAUGGAAGUCCACUGUUAAUCGGUAUUGGCAAGGACCGCAUGUUCAUUGCCUCUGAGGCCGGUGCCUUUGCCAGACACACAAAGGAGUUCAUCUCCAUGGAGAAUGGUGAGAUUGCCGUUCUUCGUGCCGAUGGUCACUCACUGGACAUAUCACGUAUCGAAUUGGCCGCCCAUGAGAAUAUCCAACUCUCCCCAGAGCCCUAUCCACACUGGACGAUCAAGGAGAUUAUGGAGCAACCAAUGUCUAUCUCGCGUGCCCUUAACUAUGGUGGACGUAUCUCUGACGAAUCUCGCGUUAAGCUCGGUGGUCUGGAGGAGGCCAAGGAGCUUCUUCUGCCCAUCAAGAAUCUCAUCAUCACUGGCUGUGGUACUUCCUAUUUUGCAGCACAGCUUGGAGCCAAGAUUAUGAGAUAUCUUGGAGCAUUUGACACUGUUCAAAGCUAUGACUCGGCCGAGGUAUCACGUGAGAAUCUACCACAUAGCGCAGCUGGCAUUCUGAUGAUCUCACAGAGUGGUGAGACCAAGGACGUUCAUCGUGUAAUGAACCUGGCAGGUGAAUGCAACACUCCAUGUUUCUCUGUGGUUAAUGCCGUCGGAUCUCUUAUUGCCCGUGGUGCCAUCUGUGGUGUCUACCUUAAUGCAGGACGUGAGCAUGCCGUGGCAUCCACCAAGGCCUUCACCUCUCAGGUCACUGUACUCUCUCUGAUUGCCAACUGGUUCGCCCAGAACCGUGGCCUGGAGGAGGGCAAGCGUCGCCACCUCAUUGAGGCACUCCAUCGUCUACCAACCAACAUGGGCAUGGUGCUGCGUGUCCGUGACCGCUGUCAGAAUAUUGCCAAGAAGAUCUACCAGAAGCAGAGCAUGUUUGUACUUGGCAAGGGACUUUCUGAGCCCAUCGCCUACGAGGGUGCCCUCAAGAUCAAGGAGAUCACCUACAUCCAUGCCGAAGGAUACUCUGGUGGUGCACUCAAGCACGGACCAUUCGCACUCAUUGAGAAUGGAACACCCAUCGUACUGAUCAUUCUGGACGAUGCUCAUGCCCAAUUGAUGAGAGUGGCCGGUGAAGAGGUCAAGGCACGUGGUGCCUACACCAUCGUCAUCACCAACAAUGCCUCGUUGGCCAAGCACGUUGGUGACGAGGUUGUCGUCAUCCCAAGCAAUGGCGUGCUUACAUCAUUGUUGGCAGCUAUCCCUCUUCAACUUAUUGCCUAUGAAAUUGCAAUCCUCAAGGGAAUUGAUCCAGACAGACCCAAAAACCUUGCCAAGGCAGUCACAACUGAUUGA